ACCAACCAAACAAAUUAUAGUUAAAAAAAAUUAAAAUUGAAAGAAAUUCGAAAAUAAUAUAAAUAAAUUUCAAAACUCAAUAUAAAAAUAGUUAAAAAAGAAAGAACCUCAAACUCCAAAACACCAAUCUUGUUCCACACAGUUUUCCCUAAAAAUCAGUCCACGAGAAAGAAUUAAUCACUCCCAAAUUUUCAAUUCAAUGGCCUCAAAAUCUGGAUCCUCCACUCACAAAUUCCCGUCCACCGCUGGUUCACGGAAGUGUCUCUGUUCUCCUACCACCCAUCCAGGCUCUUUCCGCUGCAGUUUUCACCGCACCCGCCACAAGAUCUCUUCCACUAGGUCUUCAUCUUCUGCGGAGUUGGAGCUUGCCAAGGCUAAUGCCUUGAGAGCAUUUCUGCUCCAGAUGAUUAAGCCGUCCAGUAACGAUGUUCAACGCCGGAGGAAUUUUCAUCCUCGACCUUCCAGGUUUUGUUUGAUGAACGAUCAUGGAACUGGAUUGACUGUUUCUUGAAAUCCAUUUUUUUAGUUGGUUAAUCAGUCGUACGUACGUAGUAGAUCUGGAUAUGUCUGUUUUUGUUCGUGAUUUCGAUCUUCUUCCGUCGCUGAAUUUCCAGAUGAGUUUGUAGAUACAGUACUCUGUUUGUGUACAGAUCAUUUCGAGAGGGCAUUGGAUCGAUCUUGAUGACUCUACAAGUCUUUCUUGAAAUAGAAUUAGUUUCUUUUCUUUUUUUUUUUUUUUUUUUGCAUCUUUUCCUUUGUUUCUUCUUCUCUGAUUCUUGCAACUGGAAAAUGCAAGCGAAGUCGUAAUAAACGGAUGGUGAUUCAUUACAUCUUGAAAUGUUAACUUUCUUGAUUUCUUUAUCAAGAACUUCAACAAAUUAUAUUCUUGGGAAUAUAUUCCAAUUUUUUUGGGAA